UGUCAGUGCUGGAUGUGAGGAUGGGACACACUUUGCUCUGUGUGCUGGGGUUAUUGUUUCACUGUUUCUCUUCAUAGACUGCAGUUCCAAGUUUCUCUUGAUAGAAACAGGAAUUAUUUCUCAGGUACAACAACAGAGUGUCAGUGCUGGAUGUGAGGAUGGGACACACUUUUCUGUGUGUGCUGUUGUUGACCUGGUUGAAUACGCUCCUCUACUGUGGACGUGCUCAAGAUGCUGUGCUGAUUACUGACCCCUACUGGUCACAUUUGUUUGCUGGAGAAUCUGUUACCUUCAUAUGUGACAUGAAGGAAGGAGGAGUCACUGACUGGGAUUAUAAAAUCUACAAGGAUGGUCAUGGAUUUACUCCCUACAGCACAGAUCAACACUUCACAUUAAAGCUUUUGUCGACAGGUGACAGGGGUGAAUAUGUGUGCUGUGGUCUCCACAAGAGAUCAACUCUGACAAAGUGUACUUAUACUGUCACUUUAACUGUAUCAGAUAGACCCAGGACCACACUGACAGCAGGACCACUAGGAGACAUAGUGACAUUGACCUGCUCUGUGGAGCCCUCUGCUGGAUGGAAAUAUGAGUGGUUCAGACGUAGCACAGACACCUCUGAAGUUCGAGUCAAAACAAAUGAUGGAGAAAACAGAUUUAUUAGUGUAUCACAAGGAGGAAUCUACCGGUGCAGAGGAGGAAGAGGAGAGCCAGUUUACUACACUGAUCACAGUGAUCCAGUCACCAUUGAGAUAACCAGUGAGUUGAGUUAUUUGGUUUGAAAUAUUCAUGAUUUCAUGAUUUUCAUUAGAAUUAAUGAUGGAACCUACAAUUUUGAGUUUUCUCUGUUGAUUUCAUGUUUCUAUUUGUGUCCCAACUGUUCAUAUCUGGU